GAUUGUUGGAAAUGCUGAUUAGUCUUUUAAAAGUUAAAACCUCCGAACGACUACAAUGAAAAAUUUCACAAUAGUUUUGUGUGUUGUACUGCUGGCACUUCCUCAAAUCUAUGCAGCCUGUAUCGAUUCUGACAUCCAUGCCAAUGAAUUGUGUCAGCAAAAUGGCACACAAGGACCUGUGCCGCUUGAAUGUGAUGACAAAUGUGGCAGUUUUAUCAUUUGUUAUAAAAUAGGCGAUAAACUACAAGGUCUAGUCAAAGCUUGCACUUCGGGAACCUACUACGAUCGUUCUCUGAAAUAUUGUUCAUCAAAUAAACCAGAAUAUUGCGCCUAGUGCUCUUCAGUGUUC